AUGAACCCCCCGCCCGCUACCACUAGGAUUUCAGGUACGCGAAAACGUGCCCCAAAAGCAUGCCUAGGCUGUCGAGCCCGGAAGGUGAGGUGUGACGCAGCUGUGCGAGGGGUUCCGUGCUCAGAAGAGGAUCAAGACGGUGACUUGACAAUCUACUUUGUGACCUACACAAACAAUACUGACUAA